AUGAGCCUUCCAACUUUGAAAAACUACCACAAAAAGCCCUAUGCGGCUAUCGACCCAUCGGGUCCAUCUCUUAGAAAGGUGGGCAAGACAGUCGUUAUUACCGGAGGCAACAGUGGAAUCGGCUAUGCCAUCGCCCGGGGAUUCGCCUCAGCUGGUGCUGCCCGUGUCAUCAUUCUUGGGCGACGUCCCGAUGUCGUCAGCGAAGCAGCCGCUAAACUCCAACGUGAGAACGAUGAGUUAGAGUGGCAAUCUCUUGUGGAAGGGAGGGUCUGCGAUAUAGCCGACCUUAACUCUACUGAAGCGCUAUGGAGUUCGCUCCAGACCGAUGGCAUUUUCGUAGAUGUCCUUGUGCUGAAUGCCGCUGCCUAUGGAGCAAUUGAACCAAUUCUGAGUGGAGGUCUAACCAAAGUCUGGGGAGACUUUGAAUCAAACGUCCGAAGCACCCUCCAUAUGACUGAACGCUUUUAUAAGCAGAAGUUAGAGGGAAAAGCCAAGUUUCUUGUCAACAUCUCAACCUGUGCAGCCUAUAUGUGGACUACCAUGGGACCAGAGCGUCCUACAUAUGGCUUGACCAAGAAUGCAAGCACGCUUCUGUUGCAGCAAAUUGCCAAGGAUACCGAUCCUACUGAUAUGCAAGUUGUAAGCUUCCACCCCGGUGGUGUUCUGACCGAAUCGUCCAAAGCGCUCGGCGGCGAUGCUAUUAAGGAUCUUGUUUUUGACGAUGAGAACCUUCCUGGCCAUUUUGCUGUCUGGGCUGCUAGUCCCGAGGCCCGUUUUCUCCACGGGAGAUUUGUGUGGGCAAACUGGGAUGUUACGGAGCUUCGAGAUGGACCUAUUCGUGAGCAGAUUGAUCAAGAUGAGCACUUCCUCAAGGUUGGAGUGGAAGGCCUCUCGGAAAAGAUGGGCGGUAUGAUCAUGUGGUAG